CGGGAGCAGCAGCACCGUGUUCCAGUCUCAGCCAGCUGGUCCUAAUGGAGAGACGCUCAGGACAGCGUGCCGCCACCUGCGCCCUGUUUCUUUAUCUGUUCACGCAGGUCAGCUGCCAGCUUUGUGGAGGCCCAUGUUACUGCCCCAGAACGGUGCCCCUUUGCCCCGCGGGAGUGCCUCUUAUCUUGGAUGGGUGCCGCUGCUGCCAGGUGUGUGCCAGGCAGAGGGGUGAGGCGUGCGAUGAGAAGUACGUGUGCGACAGCCAGCGGGGUCUGCAGUGCGACUACAGCGCCAGCUUCCCGGGGGGGCCCGGAGAGUGCAUCAGCCAGGAGGAGCUGGGCUGCGAGCUGAACGGCGUGACCUACCAGGAGGGGCAGGUGUUCCAGCCCUCCUGCGCCACGCAGUGCCGCUGCUCGGGAGGGGGCGUGACCUGCGUGCCCCUGUGCAGGAUGGACGUUCGCCUGCCCAGCCCUGACUGCCCGAACCCCCAGCACGUUCAGCUGCCUGGGAAGUGCUGCAAGGAGUGGGUGUGCGAGAACAUGGACAACACUGUCCUUCAGGAUGCUCUGGCAGCCAGCAGGCCGGACGGGACUCGGCCGCGCUUAUUGGGUCCGAACCAGAACGCCGCCUCCAACUGCAUAGAACAGAGCACAGAGUGGAGCGCCUGCUCCCGCAGCUGUGGGCCCGGGGUCUCCUACCGAGUUUCCAACAGGAACUGGGCCUGUCGCCUGGAGAGGCAGACCCGGCUCUGUCAGGUCCGCCCCUGCCAGGCUGCUCGUCGCCGGAUCCACAUGGGGAUAGGUCGGUGUGAAUCCAGCUACCGAGCCGCAUUGCCAGAGCGACUGGAACACAGAGGAUGUUACAGCACACGUGCCUACCGGCUUAAGUACUGUAGCCUGUGUUCUGACUCUCGCUGCUGCACCCCCUACCAAACCCACACGGUCCGAAUGGCCUUCCGCUGCCCGCGAGGGCGGUACCGGAUCUACCCUGUUAUGGUGAUCGACUCAUGUGUCUGUCACUACAACUGUCCUUACACAUACACAGCUGCAGGUACCAUUCUCCGGGCAUAGAAUGUUACACAUGGAAACACCUGCAGUCCCCACACAACGCCCUGUCCAUGGUUGACAGGGAGCUGCAACUCACCAGAAUGUGGAGACAAAAGGAGUCUUCUCCCAAUAAUGAUGACUUUAAUGAUGGGUUAUGAGUUAGAUUUAGAAGCGCUCCCUCUGGUACCAUGGAUGACUGGAGUGGCUCAAUCUAUGCUGUAGUAGCAGCAUUUUCACACAGACCAUCACACAACAUGACUCUACAACCCCAUGACUCCCUGACCUCAUGCCUGGCUGCAGGGAAUUGCCACAUCCUUAACUCUGCUGUCAACUAAAAGGUAGCUGACAUUGAUUUUUUAGAGUUCAAUAAUCUGCUGAGAUAUUAACGAGUAGCAGAAUUUGUGAAUUUGAAUUAUUUAUUGUAACAAGUGAGAAGUCCCUUAAUCAGUUCAUCAUGGCUUGCUCCUGGAGCAAACUUGAGUAUGUCUAUCUGUCUGA